CCAGAGGUUAACAAGUAGGAGCUGUGGGACGGGAGCUCCUGUCCACAACUGAGUUGUGUCUUGGGAGUCUGCUGACCACGUACCUACAGGAUGAAGAACCUCUUACUUCUCCUCCUCAUCCUCUUCCCUGUCCUGGGGCUGAUGGGUUCCAGCUUGUCACAGUGUUCCGUGGAUGAAGCCAUCGACAAGAAGAUCAAGCAAGGCUUCAGCUCCCUAUUGUCAGAAGCAUUAAUGAACAUUGGCAUACAAUGCCGGACAGUCUCCUCCAGAGGAGACUUGGCCUCCUGCCAGGAAGGCGAAGCAGUUACGGGUUGUUCCUGCGGCUCUGCCUGUGGCUCAUGGGACGUUCGCGAGGGAAAAACAUGUCACUGCCAGUGUGCGGGCAUAGACUGGACAGCGGCCCGUUGCUGUGCCCCGUGGGUUGGUGCCCCGAGGUCUUGAGAGCUGAGCUUGCCUGCCAUGUGCUGGAGCAAGAAGGAUGGGGA